GCCGGAGGCCGAGGCGCUGCACUUUGCCAGGCUGCCCAGGCUGCCCACCCCACGCCGUCGACCGGCCACGGUCGCAGUUCCCACAUAUCAUCGGACCGACAAGCCUGCGCCCCCCAAAAAAAACGUCCGUGCGGCGGGGAUAAACUAGCUCGACAUCGUCACAAAAGAGCGCACGAUGACGGCCGCCCGCAAGCCCCAGUCCCAGGGCUCGCGCGAGCUCAUGCACGAGAUGUCCAUCUGGGCGACGCAGCACCGGCCGAAACUCAUCCUGACGGAGUACAUGCGGCGAUUGGUCCUGGCGCAGCCGCCGGACCCCCUCGAGUUCCUGAAGAACGAGAUCCGGACGAACCCCGUCGUGCCCGGGCCUUAUAAUAUUGAGGAGCCCGACACGCGGCCAAUCGCGGAGCAGGAGAAGCGGCUGGACGUGCGGUCGCUGAACACGAAGAAGGCUGCUUUAAGAAGGGUGUUUGAUCGGUUUGCGAACAAGGAAGGGCUGGUCAAGGUCGCGAAGCUGCUCGUGGACUGCGAGGAGAACCCGACCAUAUUACUGGAGGCCUGCCCGAAGCACGCCCGGGAUUUACCCUUGGCGCUGGAGAAGGUCGUCACGGACGGCGGGCUCAUGGACUGGAACGCGUUUAGGGACUGCGGGCUGCUCUGCCUGUCGCAGCCGGGGCUUUCUCCUGGGCAGGAGGCCGACUAAUACAGUUUUUUUA